AUGCCAUUCCUGUGGAUUCUGGUGCCAUUCCUGUGGAUUCCUGCGGAUUCCGGUGCCAUUCCUGCGGAUUCCUCUGGAUUCCAGUGCCAUUCCUCCGGAUUCCUGCGGAUUCCUGUGGAUUCCUGCAGGAAUGGGUGGGGCACUGUAAAAUUUAGAAAGCUAAGAGAAGGGACUACAACUAUUGUAUCGUGGGAAAUUUCUCCCAAAAAGGAAGUGUCCACUUUUUUCAUUACAAAAUGUCCGCUUUUUGAGACUACAAAAUGUCCGCUUUUUGAGACUACAAAAUGUCCGCUUUUUGAGACUACAAAAUGUCCGCUUUUUGAGACUACAAAAUGUCUGCUUUUUUCAUUACAAAAGUUAACAGUGUCCGCAUUUUCAGACUACAAUGUGUCUGCUCUUUUCAUUACAAAAGUUAAUAGUGUCCGCUUUUUGAGACUACAAAAGUUAGGUCAUUGGGAAUAUGGUUGA